CCAGGAGGAGCAGAAGGGCAGUGCAGUCCUGUUAAGCAGAGGAGCAAUGGGAAAACCCCUUGGCCCAGCAUCUCAGGGCUGCUCUGCUAAAGAGCCUUGGAGCUCACCCCAAAUCCCUGCUCUGCUUGGCUGUGCUGGGUUUGGGCACUGCCGUUCUGCUUGGGUGCUCCUCAUCAUGCCUUAGCAAAGAUGGGCUGAAUGGGAAGGGAAAAUUGCUCCCUGCAGUUUGCUUUCUUAGCCAGCUGUCCAUGAGCAGCACGGGAUUGCUGUCCUGGGCCAGGGAACAGGGAACAGGGAACAGGCUGUGCCCGCAGGAAGGAGCCCCACGGUCCCACUGCUCUGAGCCACUGCUGUUGCUGCAUCCUCAUCAGCCACUGGGACAGAGCUGCCUCUAUCCCUGCAGCCUGGAGGACAGGCAGCAAGAGUUUUGGGAUCAUCCAGUUCCAAAGGGUAACAUCCAGUCCAGCUCCCCUGCAGAUGUUGGGGACACAGGUUUGUUCAUGCUCUCAGCUCUGACUUGGUGCAUCCUCGGUGAUCGAAUCCUGGAUGGUUUUCCUUGGGCUUGAAAGAGCUGAGACCACAGAGUUUGUGUAGAAGUCUCCAAAAAUCACUUCCAGUGUCCUGGCAUGCCUGUGGCACUGUCUAUCCAGGGAUCAGGAAGUAUUUCACAAAUGCAGCCAGGGCAGGGUUGUGAUCUCUGUACCAACGUGAGAAACUGAGGCAGAGAGGAGACCAGUGACUUACCCAAGUCACAAUGAGGCCUUGGCACACCUGGGAAAGGUGUAAGAAGCACCUGGACCCUAAACCUCUCUAGUCUAAGACCUGUUUGUCAGCUCUGUCAGCAGCCCCUGUAUUUCCCAGGGCUCCCCAGAGGAUCUGAUUUAUCUAAUUCUGCUCUUUUUAUACCCAGGCAUCUGUGAGAGUAAGACUAGUCUGGCAUGCUUGACUUUUAAUUAAAUUUUUAAGCUGAGAUUUUAAGAUUUAGUAUUUCUGGGGUUCAAAGGUGAACAGGCCUGCAUGAAUAAUUUCUGAUUCUAUUUGCUGCUGCUAGUACUAAGAUUUGUCAAAAGCAGCUUUUAAUGGCAAUUCAACCCCAUUAGUUUUGAAGGGUCUGUGAUAAGUGUAGAGAUAUGAAAAUUCCCAGGAAAGGCUAUUUCAAGUGCUGUAGUAACCUUCUGUAACUUUGACUGUUAUUUUAAAGGAACUUUGCUUGCCUAUGCACCAUUUCUCUAGGAAUGUAAAAAUCCAACAACCAUCACAAAAGCCAUUCACAUUAGCAGCCUCCUUGUGAAUUUUAAUUAACAGGAAAUUCCACUCACGCAUUGAAAUUCAACAUCCAGAAUAUCUCUGCUUUACUCCUUUGAUGUUCCCCAUCCAGUCCUGGACCAACAUCCCUAUGUUCUCCUGAGACACUCAGAGGAAAAUAAUUUUGGUUUAUUUACAGUAGAAAAGCAUUUUGUCGUUGUCUUUUAUCCCAGGAGCAUUUGAGUUACUUUACAAACUGUUCACACGGAGGAGCUGCUCUGUGGGUCCUUACAGCAGGGAGUGAUUCCAGAGCUGUGCUCGUCAGUUUGCACUCAGCAGCGAUGCUGGAAUUUCAGGAGAGGCAGGAAAAGAGUCAUGAAACAAAUGAAAGUCCAGCAUGAUAGGGAAUUCAGCUAUUAAAGGUUAGACAGACCUGGUUCCCAUAUCACAUUUAUCCUUCAGAAAGGAUAUUGUUGGGAUUUUCCUAUAUUUCUAUAGUAGUAACUUAAGAAGACAUGAUCUGGCUCUGUUACUGUAAGAUAUUCAUUUGCAAGUGAUUUCAACAAACAAAACCCACCCCUAAUUAGUUAAUCUUUCUCACACCCUCAAUUUCUCAAAUGGGUAGAAUAAUAUGAUCAACAGGCGCUGAUGAGACUGCCAUGGAGAAUUAUCUUCAGACGUAAAUCGUUCUAUUUUAGCCCUUAAUUCUUCUGCUAUCUCCAGCCAUUUUCUUAAGCUGUAUAGUUUACCUCACCCUCUGCCUGGGGUAGAGCGCUGCACCCCCUCCCACCCUGUCACCAUGACAAGGUGACACUGUCACCACAGGUUGAACUUGCAGGUGUCUUGGCACAGGCCCACUCCAAACACUGCAGUCUGCACUUAGAAAUGAGUUUAAAGCCUCUGUCCUGGUGGCUACCAGCUCAGUGCUCAUCCCAAGGCCAGGUAGAGCCAGGCUCUGCCUCCUGGCAGUGAUGCCAGUGGAAUCCUCGGCUGUCUCACAGUUCCAGCAAGCUGCUCACAGGCAUGAGGGGCUCAGUUUCCUCCUGUACUGCUAAAAAGUAAAAAUCUGUGAUGUUGGAAAAUUUUAGAGCUUGAGUUCUACAGAGACUGGAGCUUGUCAAGAAAGCAAAUUCCUUUUAUACCAUCUGGAAAUGACACAGGGUGGGAAAAGGCACCUUGGAGCACCCUGGGAGGACACAGGUUCCUCCUUAUCUGAGAACUCGCCCAACCACAUUUGGGAUUUUUUUCAGAGCCAAAAUGAGCCAGGCCUCGGGGCCCUUGAGCAGAGUGUGACCACAAGAUGUCACAGUUGCUUCGUUGCAAUGUGUGGUCCUGCCUUUCCUGUGUCCCAGUCCUGCCCCUUCCCCACUCCCAGGUGUCCCUAUGGACACACACAUUGGUAUUUGGGGGUUUUGCUGCUGUGUUUUGUUUGUUGGGGAUUUUUUUUUGGCAAAGCAAGCUUGUUCAUUGUGUUCUGGGGAAGGUAAGACAUCUAGGUUUCUAGCUCAUUAGCAGGUCAUUCAUGGUAUAAAAUUGAAGUUAACCCAGAUUUAUGCCAUUGCAUAAACCUGCCCUGUCCAACUGGCAGACAACAAUUUUGAGUAGAGACAGAGGAAAAAAUCUAAGUAUGACUGCAAACAAACACUUCUUGGUGCUGCCAGAGUUACUGCUCAGUGUCCCCACAAACCUCAGGUGCCUUUGCCAGAUGGUGUAGCAGACUCAGAAAACACCACAAUGUUGUGGACUUGGGAGGUUUUUGUUCUUUAUAGACUAUUGCUAAAUGUAUUUCUUUUUCUGCCCCAGAAAGCUGCCUGCACAUCCUGGAUGGGGUCCCAGGGGCUGAUGCUAAUAUCAGUUCACUCUGAAGUAGAGCGAGAAAGGAGUUAAGCCGUAGAAGAAGCUGAUGAGCCUUGCAGGAUCCAGCUAUGGGUCUUUUGGGUUAGUCCCUUAUAGUGUGCACAUUGAAUUCAAGACCUAAUUCAUGGCCUGUGCAAGCAAUUGCUAUGGAUGCUCCAAACAAACAGCACUUUCUUUCCCGCCCGCCUGGCUGGUGCCUCUUCCCGGCUGGAGCCAGGCAGAGUUUCUCAUCCGGCCUCUCUGCUCCAGGGCACCAGGAGGAAAGCUCUGCUCCACCAGCCACACAGGAAAAACAAAACCCCCAACUACAAAGCGGAACUGUUGAGUGGAGCAGCCAGGCACAAGGGACCUGCUGCCUGCAGGAAGGGCAGAGGAAGCAGGCAGAGGUUUGCUCUGCCUGCUGUGCUCGUCAUUCCUUGUGCUCCAGUGCCUGCCGCUGCCGUGGGGUCCAGCCUUGUCCCCUGGGGAAGGUGCUGCUCUCCCACCUCUCUCUGGAGGGCAGAGCCCCACGUGCUUUGUCCCCAGGGUGGCUGGGACAGGGCUGACCUCGAGCCCUUUGCCCUUUCCAGCCCAGGGGAGCAUGAGAACAUCCCGGGGGCUCCCAGCUGGAGGGAGGGCUUGGCUUGGGACAGCGGGUCCCCAGAAGGGAUGGGCUCAGUGGCAGCUGGGUGAGCUGUGUCACGUUUGCCCACAAAUGGUGGCUUAGCAUGAGAGCAUCUGGCCAAGGGGCAGGUUUGGUGGGAGCCAAGGAAGGCUCCUGUAACCCCUGAGCUCAUAAGCGAGGAGCAAACACCGUGGCUGUUCCUCAUCUCCAGGUGAGCAGGUUUGGUGGCUGGAGCUCUGCUGGGCACAUCCUGGGGUCCAGGCUGUUGGUACAUCCUGGCCUGUACAUCUGAGAGCUUCUCAACAGUUUGGGAACCCUGACUGUGGCUGGGUUUUCUCUGCAGUGGAUAGGGAAUUCAGAAAGGUUCAAGAUUGAAACUUCCUCUUCCUCUGCUAGGACUGUGAGAUGAGCCUUGAAGCUGUUUGUGAAGUCUGCAUAUAGUUUCAGAAAGGAGCAGCAGCCUGUCAGAACAGAUGACCAGUUACCAGCUGAGUUGCUGGAUCCUGCUGUGCCCUUUGUGCCAUGAUUGAUGUCUGAAAGAGGAAAAGGUCCCUUUUGCUCUGAGAGAGAUGCCAGCCCUGCUCACUGCUUGCUGGUGGGCAGUGUGAGGAGUAGUCAUCUGAUUUCCCCACAAGGAAUGAUGACACCCCAGGUUCCGUAUGAUCCUUGUGCCAUCUUCGUCAGCCCAUGUGUCAUUGACUCAUUUUUUUUCAGCUGUGUGUCAUUAAAAUAAGCCUUCUCUGCAACAAGAAUAAGACCAGAAAAAGUGUAGAGCCCAAGCAGUGCUGUGCAUCCUGGCUGUUCUUUGGUGCUGUUAUUGCCCAGGCUUCACUCACCAGGUUUUGCACACUUCAGGGAUUGCCAGCACUGCUGAUCUGAAUUGCCUUAAAGCAUCUUGGGUUUUGAGUCCUGGCUCUCAAGGUGCUGCCUUGGUUUCCUACCCUGCCUCUCCCAACAGCCACAUCCUGGAUCCCCUCAGAGCAAUAAGGCACUGGAACAUGGAGAGCUCUUGGGCAAGUCUGGGGCACCUCACUGCCACUGGGAUGAGAGCCUGUGUUUACUGCAAAGACUUUCUGUUCCCAAAGGUGCACAGAAGCAUGGCAGACCUGUGGUGGAUUUACUCCAAACCUGUCCCAGCAGAUGGCAGAGAGCUAUGGACCUUGUUUCUGCAGUGUUCCUGCAUUACAGCAGUGAUAGGAGGCCUCUUUUACAACUGGAUGUUUGCUUCCCUGGAGUACUCCUGGCACCUCUCCGUUGCCAUGGCCAUCUCCUUCAGUCUGCUGCUCCUCCUGACUCUCCUUUUGGUGCAUCCUGCCCGUUGUGUCUUCAGCAUGAUCAUGCCCACUUUAGGCACCAAGCAGGGCCGGAGGUUUCUCUUCUCCACCUGCAUCAUGAUCGCAGUGGUGAACAUAGUGCCCAACAUCAUAGGCAACAUUAAAACCAUACUGCAGGUUAUUAAGUGCAUCUGCAAGAAUUCCUCUGACAGCCUUCUGAACUCAACUGCCCUGCUAGAGAAAGUUUCCUGGGAGUUUGGGGAUGCAAUCCAAGAAACCAUUCAUUCCAUUCAUAAGCCUAUGAAUGGACAUUUUCGCUUUUUGUUGCUUCAGAACAGCUCCUUCAUUUACCAAAAAAUGCACCUUGCUGGUGAAAAAAUUAGCAGAGAGUUCUUGUCUGUUGAGAUUUUGGUCAGAGACUCAAUACUGGUAGCCAACAGACUGGCUGCUGCCUUCUUCAUGCUCUAUCUCUGUUUUGAAUCCGCCUGGUAUUUGAAGAAUUAUCUCACCAACCUCCGCUUUGACAAUUUUUACAUCACCAAAAAGCUGGAGCGUUUAGCCAUGGACAGAAGAGCAGCUCAUCUCCUGGUGGGCUCAUCCAAAAAACUCAUCCGACCAACAGGCUUGAAGCUGUCCUGGGAGGAAGGGAUGCUGUGCCUCGUGCAAGCCAUGCUGGUCACUGUGGCCCUGAUGCUGAUGCUGGUGGUCGUGGCCAUGGACCACUUUGCGUUCAGUGUGGCAGACACAGCGGUGAGAAAGGCAGCUCAGUUCUCUGCAGUGCCUGUCACUCUCAACAUCAAAUACAAGGCUGAAAUAGGGAUCAUGCGCUUUCUAUUCCAAGUUUCUGGGCGUCCUUCUGAAAAAUUACUGCUCAGGGACUUCAACAGGACCUACCACCAUCAUCUGAUCUUGAGCUCUGCCCACUGCAGGAUCAUCCCUCCCACACCUCCCAACCCCUCAGUGCUGCUCGUUGUGGGGCUGCUCUUCUGCAUCCUCUACGCCACCGUGUUCCUGGAAACCUACGCACGCCGCCUGUGCCGGAACAUCGCAGCCUCCUUCUUCCAGAGCUGGGAGGAGAGGAGAGUGCUUUACCUGUACAGGAAACUGUCCAGGAGGCACGGGAAGGAGCAAAACUGUGUGAAGGAUGCUUUGGGAAGUCAGGGAGAUGUCUGACACUACAGCAUGGGCUUCUGCCAUAGGAUCACACAUUUAAUUUUCCAGAGUGAGAGAAGUGUUUGGAGCUUGGGGAAAAAAUGUCACAUUUUUGCAUUAUUUUGAGAAAAAUGGGCUACAAUUCCUUUUGUUUUUUUGGUUUUUUUUUUAAUAUCUAGAAGGUCUGGAGUCUGCUGUUGCAUAUGUGCAGCAGUAAGCAAGGAUAACUGGGAAAUACAUGGGAGCUGGGGUCAGGUAGGAGCUCAUUUACCUUCUCCACCACAUACUGGAAGAAGUACACACUUCCUUUCUUUCUUAACUUAUACCUUCAGGCAACAAAAAAGGAAAGACAUUUGACUUGAUUAAUUUAAUUUUCAAUGAGCUUUUCCUUUCAGAUUUUGUGCACAGAAACCUAGGUAGACUGGAUAAAUUUAGAAGAUAGUUUAUUCACCAAAGAAAGUCUCACUUUCAACCUGCUGAAAUAAAUUCAAGAUCAAUAUGA